UUUAUCCGUAUCUACUCCGGAAUUUACGAUUCAGACAAUCUCCCGGCGUGAGACGCCGCCGCCGGCGCCGUGUCGGAGUCCGGCUAACCACCGCGCUCCGCUUGAGGCGUCCGAGAUGGCGUCCCCGGAGCCAUGCGCCGCCGCCGAGCCCGGGGGCGGGUUCGGAGCCGUGGACGGCGCGCUGGCCCCGGAGCUCCUGUUCGAGGUCAUGCAGCGCCUCCCCGCGAAGCCGAUGUGCCGCCUCCGCGCCGUCUGCCGCUCGUGGCUGGCCUUCACCACGGACCCGCUCUUCCUCGCCGCCUACGCCGCCCGCCACCCCCACCCGCUCCUCGCCGUGCUCGAGGAAGGGUCCCCCACGCGUCGUGUUGAUCUCGUGGACCUGUCCGGCAACGUCGUCAAGGAGAUUCGCGGCGUGCGCGAAGCCAGCGGGGUGGUGAGGGCGAGCUCCGGCCGUGUUCUCGUCCACGGGGAGAACCACGGCGUCACCGUGGUCGACCCCGCCACCGGAUCCAUGGCUGCCUUGCCCUUCGGCCUUGCAGAGGACACCGCGCGUCGCUGCGGCGCACUGCGCACACCCUGGAUUGCAUUUGGUCAGACAGCUUCGACAGGAGAGCACAAAUUACUCCGGAUUUUCGAGGACAUGGAGGAUGGAAUUGAGGCUGAACCGGUGUGCGAGGUUCUCACGGUCAGCGACGUGAAUGGACAGUGGAGGAAGAUGGAGAGCCCACCAGGCUACCUUGAUCCCAGCUGCACUAAUGGAGUAGUCUUCAGAGGGGCUGCUUACUUCUUCUUGGAUCUCUGGCAAUUGGAUCCCUCCUUCAACACAUAUUUUGCUACUGGCUGCAUACCGUCCUUCGACCUUGUAACCGAGCAGUGGGGCAUGCAUCUCCAAGGGCCCGUAAACAGAAUUCUUGAGGAAGCCAAUGGCACACUCAGCUAUGCUGACCUUACCGAUCGUCUUAUGUUAAGCGAGCUUAAAGGAACUUUAUCCACAGCACAUUGGAAUGAUCGAAUUCUCGCUGUUGAUAUUUGGUUUCUAGUUGAUUUUGAGAAGGGCGUGUGGUCCAAAGAAUAUAGAAUAAAUGUUGGAUUUGCUUUUGAGGAUUUUGGAGAUGCUGUGCAACCUUUGGUUGUGGCGGAUGAUGGAAAGGUGGUACUUUGGCUGCAGACAGGAUCAAACGGGAUGGUCUGGGUUUAUAAUCCAGUAACUGACACUUCCUCAGAGAUAAUUCGGAAAGAGACAAGUAUCGAUAAUGGAAUAGGUGUGUAUACUGGAAAUCAAUUAUGUCCAGGGAGCGUGUGACAAGAAACGGAAGAAUGCAGAAAGAAGAGGAG